GCACUCAAUCGAGAAUUGUGUGCGAUGCGAGUGGAAGGCAUUUAUGAAGCACAAGUGCCAAUCGAGUUUAGAGCGAUCCUCGAGUUGGGAUCGUGUUGUAAACUGAAAACUGAUCGAUCGUCGACAUUCACAAUGACAAGUGUCAAUUUGGAGCAGCUGGAAGCGGUGACCGAUGCAGAAUAUUUGCCUGAGAAGAGCAUUCGAAGUGCGUAUUAUUAUGAGUAUCGACAGGAUAAGUUUUGUGUUAUUGCGGUCAUUAACACGGCCGCGAACGAUGCGAUUAUCGUUGGUGUGAAUAUGGAAUUCCCGAAUGUCACAAAAAUUUAUGACAACGAAAAAGCAGCGCUGGAAGGAACUGCAGUCACGCCAUUACUGGAGCGUAAACCAACAGUGAACUUCAAUACGUUCCAAUGCGCAACAGUGAAAGAAGCGCAAAAUACAGUUGACAAGUAUUUACGUGCUAUUCGUCAAGUGGACACGCAACCGAUGUUCAUUGCUGUUCAUUCCAACGAACAGACAUCGGCACUGAUGAAGGGUGUUCAGUCGUUGAAAGAGUUUCCACUUGUCAGAAUUCAUUGCCCCGAACCGACGAAUUUAUUCAGUGCACUCGACUGGCAACGCAAUGUUCCGCGACGAAUUAUCAAACAUUAUUUCAAUUCAUUCGUUUAUUUGCAUGAUUAUGUUCAAUAUAGUCGUUAUUUGCGGAUACCAUUGGGUAACGUUCCCGCAGACAUAUCGCUAUUUGCUGCGGAUUUGUUCUAUGCUCGACACCUGACGAAAUUCGGUCAUGUUUUGUGGAUAUCACCGUUGAUAAGGCCGGAUUUAGGUGGUAAGGAGUUGGACGAUUGGAGAAUCGGCUCUGACUGGAAUUAUUCGGCCGUGACUGAUCGCCCACCUGCAAUCGUCAACCAUAGCAGGUUAUCUUUGUCCUGUUCCGGAUUCUUUGAUUAG